UAGUAUGGGCUUGCCCAUAGAGCACACGAAGAAGAGAUAGAUAGAAGAGAGUGCGGUGGGGUUUUUUCUUUUCUUUUGUUACCUAGCUAUGGCACCCAGGACGACAACGCGACUCGACAGAGGGAUUCUUCUCCGAUAGCCGUGCAAGAUCGAGCGCCCGGGCGGCGCCUCGCCUCGAUCGAUCAUUCGGUCUUUCCAUCGGCAUCGAUCGGCUUCUUUUCUCUCGCGAUCGAUCGCGUUCUUUUUUUCCUCUCUCUCUCUCUUUCUUGUGAAAUCUCCCGUUCUUGGCGCCGAUCUUCCUUGUUUUCUGCGAAAUAUCGAGCUGGCUGACGCUCGAUCUCACGGAAUUGGCCGAAAUUCUCCGAGUCUUUGUCCUCUCACUCACGCUACUUCGACAGCUCGAGAUUUUUGGUUCUUCUUUCCUUUCUUUCUUGCCAGGGAUCUCAGUCUUCUCUCUCGCAGCUCCUGAGUGACUCCAAAUCGAGAUUGCAGAGAGAGCGCUGGAUCAUUCUCUUAUGAGACGACAACGCUCAGUUCAUCAAGGGUUGACAAGCCUCUCUGAUAAUGCUGAAUCACGAUCGAGAUAGAAAGAGACGUCAACAAUUUCGUGCACUGAGAGGAGACUUCACACGCCACGAUCGCAAGGACGAGGAGAGCCAAGAGCUAGCGCUGCGUGCCUCCUCGUUCCAUCGUAAGUAUGAGCAGAUAAUGAGCUACACACAAGACGAUCUACAUGGUUGCGGUCGCUUGGGCAAAGUAACAGCGGACUCUCUCAAGGAAGAAGAAGCUAGCUUGAUCCGGAAGAGAAAAGCAGCAUGGAAUUCAUGGCCAUGGAGCAACUUUGACGGCGGUGAUGGUGCACAAGGAUCGAGACCAUACAGCAGUGUCAACAAAAAAUUCAAGCAAGUAGAAGCAGCAAGGAGCUCGUCAAGUCCUGGAUCUAACAGCUCGGAGAUCACCACCGAUCAGUACAUGGCAGCAGAGAGCUCCAAGUCGAGCUGCUUUGAUGAUGCUUGCACACUAGCGACCACCGCCGGGCAGGGUUCCAGGAAUUUAGUAGGCGAUCAGGGAGGAGGAGGGGAAUUAGGAGCUUCCACUUUGGACCCAGCUCAAGCUUACAAAACCUUCCGGGACGUGGACUUCCAUCACGGUGGCUCUCUAUCACUCGUAACGCAGCAGUCCCAGCAGGCGAGAGAGAAGCUCUUCCCUGGUUUCAGUUCCAGGGAAGAAGGCCAACAGUUUAUAUCUCAGACUGUGGUGAAGGCCGAGGAUCGCGAAGCUAUAGCUCGAGGGGAGGAGUUCCGUCACGACAGCAGCGCCAGUAGACAACGGGCAGGGGAAGGCAUUGAUUACUACAACGAUUCAUGGCUCCAACUGGGACUCGGUCCCAGCAGCAGUGGCGCCACUCCAACAAAGGCCGGGCAGGAGAUUGCGAGCCCGGAAGCGAGCGAAUAUCCGGGGGAUGAUCAAGACUUCGAGGCUCCUGGUGAUGUCUCGAUACAACCGAAACCAGUGCUGCAUUUAUUUCCCUCGGAGUCGGUUCAUCAGAUACCGGAGUACAGUCCCCACAGUCCUCUGAGAAUGCCGUCAUCACAGUUUGCUGGUCAUGGCGAAACUUCUUCCAGCAGCGACUUCUACUUUGGGGGAGGAGCUCAUGUACCUCCCGUGAGAUUUGACAGCAGAGAGGCGGCUUACAGGGAACACGAGGUCGCCGGUUUGCUCAAGUCGAUGAAAGAAGCUCCCAGCACGCAGCUGAUGACAUCUUAUAGCACCAGCAAUGCAGCCACUCCUUAUGCUGCGACCACCACCGAUGCUGCGAGAUAUAUCGAUCAGCAGCGACGGCUGAGUAUGUUUGCGGAGUCGCUGGUCCCCUACCACGAUCAAAGGGCGGCAUCGCUUUCGGAUCCACCGGUGCAUCACGGAGGUUAUGGCGGUGAUGGCAGUUUUCCGAGCUCCCAGCUCGGUCAGUUCGAGGAUAGGCGCUUCCUUUGCGGAAGCUAUAAUGCCCCGGCUACUGCAACGUUGAGUCACGGGAAAAGAUCGCACCAGGACGUUGCUAUCUCCUGGAAGACCGAAGGCCUUCCUCUAUUUGCUCCGGCGCGACCAGAUAGCGUCUACGUUCCUGCGCCAUCGCCAUUCCAUGCGACGUCUCGGUUGCUGCCCAGCCAGCCACCUCAUGAAGACUGGCAAGCUUUGAUAAAGAGGCUUGGUGGCAGCAUGCAAAUUCAGUCGCUUUUCCCAAAAGCUGCCGAGGAGGACUUGCAGCAGCAGCAGCAGCAGCAGCGCUCGAGAAGCAACUUGCGGGACCUUCAAGAGCAGUGGAGCAACCAGGAGAUGAAACCAGCGGCCUGGUCAAGGCAUCACGUCCUGGGUGGCCAGGAAAUGAUGAAAACCAUGCCACCAUUCAACUUUCCUGCGUUUGAGGGGCGGGUGCCGGCACCACCGAACGUCCAACAAGGCUGGCACUCGCAUUCUUCGGCAGCGAGUCUACCAUUCUUCCAGCACCUGGCUGCUGCGGAUGGGUCAUCCUCGAGGGAGCGACGGAAUUUCUCUCCACCGGUCGUCAGAGACCACGACCUCUGGUUCUUCCUACGUGCUGGAGAGAAUCAGGACAGCGAGCAGUGGUUGCCACAAGUUCCCAAAGGCUACCUGCGGGUCAAGGAUGGAGCGGUACCUGUUUCCCAUGUCAAGAAGUACUUGGUGCACAAGCUGGGAUUAUCGUGCGAGUCAGAGGUGGAGAUCUCAUGCAGAGGCCAGCUACUGCAGCCGGGCUUGUCGCUACAGCAUGUGCGUGAUGUUAUUUGGCACUCGAGUGCGGCAGCAGCAGAAGCAGGAGCAGCAGCAGAUGAGCAAAGCCCAGCAUCAAUGACUGCAACAACACCAACAGCAACAGCAACAACAACAUCAGGAGGAAUAAUAUCAUCAUCAGCCACAACUGCUACACCAUCACCACCUCCUCCUUCAGGAAGGAGCAUUGUCAUGGAGCUGAAUUACAGGAGGCAACCACACCAAUUUGGGCCACCACCACCACCACCACUCCCAACAUCAUGAACAAGAGCAGCAGCAAAAAGCUUCACAGAAAACAUCUCACAAGACAAACAGAGACACCAUCUGUAAUUUUGGUCACAAUGAUUUUCAAAAAAUGGAAGAGAAUAUUCACAUUGU